AUGAUGAAGCUGGUGGUGUUGUCCUGCAUGUUGGCGAUGGCUGCGGCUGGCAGCUUUUUCGCACCUUUGCCUUUGGCGUACUCAGCACCCUUUGCUUACACUGCACCGUUGCUCAGGCCAUCUAACUACAGAGGGCCUCUGUCCCUCGCCCCCGGCCAGCCUGCAAGCAUUAUCGCUGCUGACGGAAGGCCGCUGGACACUUUGGAUGUGAACUUAGACAAAUCUGCACACUACACUGCUAAGGCACUGUCUGGUGCCGGCUUCCACCUGUUGAAGAAACGCUCCGCCCCAGUGCUUGCACCACUGGCGCUGAAGAGUGUCGCUGUGGCUCCAGCACCGUUCGUUGCGUCCGCGCCGUUCGCUUAUUCAACGCACGUACUCCCUACUCACAUCGCCGCCGUACCCUCCGCUUACGUACAUGGACCUCUUGUACACUGGUAA